GACAGGCUGCAGUCAGCGUCCAGUGGGCACCAUGAGGAGAGCUGGAGAGCAAGUGGGUCUCCUCCUCCUGUUCUCCAUGAUGAUCGCAAUCCAUCCAGGGUCACAGGAGUCCUCCGUCCCAGGACUUAAGGCACUGGAUUUGGAUGGCAAUGAGGCAAUAGCCGUUGUGCGGGAGAGUCGGAGCUUGUCAGGACCACAACGGCAAUGGCCCCCCCCUCGUGUUCCAGAACCACAAGGGCCAUGGUGGCUCCCUGGCGUUCCAGGACCACAAGGGCCACGGGGGCUCCCUGGCGUUCCAGGACCACAAGGGCCAAGGGGGCUCCCUGGCAUUCCAGGAGCCAAAGGUGCCCGAAACUGCAAAGAACUCUUGAAAAGAGGGACGAUCCUGACCGGCUGGUACACCAUCUACCCCCAAAACUGCCAGCCCCUGAAGGUGCUGUGCGACAUGGACACCGAUGGAGGCGGAUGGAUUGUCUUCCAAAAGCGGUUGGAUGGCUCGGUGGACUUCUUCCGUGACUGGGCUGCCUACAAGAGAGGAUUUGGAAACCAGCUGACUGAAUUCUGGCUGGGGAAUGACAACCUUCACUGCUUGACCUCGCUGGGAAAGAAUGAAUUGCGUGUCGACCUGAUUGAAUUAGACAACAAGCAUGUCUUUGCCAAAUAUGCGUCCUUCCAGGUGGCGGCAGAGUCCGACUGGUAUCGGCUAACUCUGGGAGCCUUCAUGGGUGGCUCUGCAGGUGACUCCCUGUCCUUCCAAAACAACAUGCUCUUCUCCACCCGAGAUAAACAGCAGGACCCCCAGAUGUUCAACUGUGCUGAGAAGUACCAAGGGGCCUGGUGGUACAAUGACUGCCACAAGUCCAACCUCAAUGGGAGAUACUGGCUGGGAGAACACAAAUCUCUCGGGGACGGCAUCAACUGGUCUUCUGGGAAAGGCCUGUACUACUCCUACAAGCGCUCCGAAAUGAAAAUCCGGCCUGUGUCUUAGGUGGCUCUUUCAGCUGAUGGGCCUUUUUCUUUCUGAGAGUUUUCAAAGGGCAUCUAGUCCAUCCCCUCUGCGUUUGAUUUGCUGCCUUGAGACAGAGCUUGCAUUUUACAAAAUUUACAUGAUUAAAUGGUCUUUAAAUAACUACUCGGUGCUUUUGCCAGGUUGGGGGAGGUGCCUUUUCCAUUUCUCCCCGUCCCCUUCAGCUCCCCUGGAGUUCGGCCGCCAAGGAAUAUUAAUGAAAUAAAUAAAAAUAGGAUCUUC